GAUAAAUGACUACAUCGGAUAUUAUGGAUCAAGAAGAAGAGGAUGGGAAUUAUGAACAAACCUCUUCCAAUCAGAUUAGUACUACAACUAAUACUAAUACCAACAAUGAUAAUGAUGAUAAAACAGACCAGGUAAUUGGUCAUAUGCGUGAUGAAGCUUUGCGACGUAAAGAACGCUUGAAACAGUUACGUAUGAAGAAUGCAUCACAGAAAAGCAUUAUACACUUACAAAACGAUGAUGGUGAAUUACCUAAACCGAUAUUUCGUAAUUAUAAACCACAAUCAGAAGAAUUGAAAGAUGGUGAACUUCCGGCUGGUAAACCAGUUGAUUUGAAUAAGCACAUUAUUUCACAACUUGAAGCUGCUGAUGCUCCAGUUAUAGUCGAUGAAGUUAAUUUAAUGAGUCUUGCUCCCCGUAAACCUGAUUGGGAUUUAAAAAGGGGUGUUGAGAAGAAAUUACGCAAAUUGGAGCGUCGAACACAACGUGCUAUCGCUGAGUUGAUUCGUGAACGUCUCCUUGAAACAAGUUCAGACCUAACUGGCGGUGGACUCAUCAAUCAUACAAAGUCAAUUGAAUAAUUUCGUUGUUUAAUUCUCUCCAUCUUUUGUGUAUUGACUUGACUUCUGGUAUUAUACUAUGUAUAAUGUGAAAUUUUUUUGUUCUAGACGAAAGACAUAUGGGCAUAUUAUAAAUUGACAAAAUUGUCUAUCAUCAAUAUAUAAACUAAGAGGUGUU